UUCUGAAUUGUCGUGAAUAUGAAUAUUUAAGACGUCUUUGGCAUGUUCAGUUAUCAUAAACCUUAAGAAAGUAGAAAGCGCACAUCUCCUUCGGACUUUUAAAAGCUACAUUAAGAGGACGAAAAUGAGGAAGACAGUAAAAUCCACCAUAUUGCAUACACUUUUGUUGUCCUACACUUUCUUGCCAUCAAUAUACAGUCAACAAUUAGCAACAACAAAUGCUGCUUAUCCAAAUACGUAUCACCCAGGAAGCAUUCAUGGAACCAAUUCUGCAACAAAGGGAUAUGCUAACAUGCCUUUCGACACCAAUCCCGUUCAUGGACAAUAUUGGAACGGAGCUUCACAAACCUAUCCGCAAUAUAACGCUCAACAAUAUGGCGACUAUCAAACCGGAUACGGAGCUUACAAUACCGGAUAUCCUCAAAAUGGCGCAUAUUAUCCACAACAAUAUUACCAACAACCAUAUGCACAGUACGGACAGAAUUAUUACGGUCAGUACCCAGGUUUUGACGCUCAAUACUGGUCUGGACAAUAUUACCCACAGCAGAUGCCGUUGUACCAACACCAAGUCCCGGUUUAUCACCCAGGAGUUCCAAUGUACCCCCUAUAUCAUGGUCAACAAAACUAUUACGGCCAUCCCGGCUACUACCCAAACCAGCAGUUUCAUGGCGGGUAUCCGUAUCACAAGAAACGUAUCGGUAAAGGAUUCCUCGGUGGCACUGGACACAGUAUGGCCAAAACACUUCUCGGUGCUGCGGUCGUCGGGGUUGUCGCUGGGACAGUGGCCAAAAAGGGAUGAUACUACAAAUUUCGAUGCACUAUAAACCCAAAGUCUUUCGUUUAUUUUCAAAAUUAAAAACAAAAUGUUUUAUAUAUUAUGUGUUGUGCUAUUGUUUUCAAUAAAUCCUUUUUUUCAGAACUUUUAAUGUUUGUCAUUAAUUAAAGUGUAUACAAAACAUAUUAUGAACAUCCAUCUAGCUAGAAAUAUCGAAUUAUUGUAAAAACUGUUAUACCAUUAGUCCCAUUCAAGAGAGCAAAGGGAUUUCAUUAGUUAAAGAUAUAUUAACAAAAAAGGCAACAAUAAAGGGUACAACUCUGGUCAAACAUUGCACACAUAUCCUGCAAUAACUAAGAUUAAAGUUUGAUGCAAAUCUUUCGGGUAUUGAAAUCCCGUCAGUAAUCUCUACUGACAGAUGAAGAAUUAUAUAAAACUUUUUUUAAUCAACGAGUGAUAACUCGAUUAUAAAUACACGCUUUUUUUAGUUGUACAUAAUUGCAUUAUCAUAAUUAUGUCUUUUAGAGAUACUUGCUCCUGCAAAAUCUUUCUGAGCAGUUAUCCUUUGGCCGUCAAAGGGGGUAGCAUUCAGCAGGAUACUAUAAUGCGUAUACUUAUUAGAUCUUUUUUAAGCAUUGAAUGUCCCCGUCAUAGGUAAAAUAGGGCCGGGAGUCUAAUAUGUAUCUUUGUUUUACGGUGAUAUAAAUAAACAACACAAUCGCAUUAUACAUAUAUACAACAUCUAUUUUCUAAAACUCAGAUAUAAUUAGAAAAGCAGAAAAUGUUGGAUAACUAAAGCUAUGUAUCUAGACUUAAAGCCGUUAAUAGUCUAAUUAUUCAUAUGUACGAAACGUUUAACCCUAACCAUACCUUUUUUUUGGUUAUGUUUUUGCAUAGUUUUUGCAUUGGAACAACCUAUUUCAAAAUUAAACUUAUUUCAGUGCCAGUGUAUAAAAUUCAGCUACCAAUAGAACAUAAAGCCUGGUCAGAAUGGUGACAAAUACUUGUCACUUUAGUGCAGCAGACACAGGGUUAAAAUGAGGAACACCUCUAAGAGGUUAUAUAAUUAACUACAUGUAUUCAAAAUGUCGUAGACAACAUUUUUUUCUCAUCAUCCCGACGUCAUAACUU